UCGGGGAGCCCCGGCAGAGCCCCGUGUUGGGCGGAGCCGGGCGCUGCCGUCGGCCCGGUCACCCGUCCAGCGGCAGCACUUCAUCCGCUGUCUCUGUCACGGCUGUCGGAAGGGAAGUGCCUCGAAACUUACCCUGGGGAAGGGAGAGGGGAGAGUUUUUGCAUAACAGCCUUCAAACCAGUCUCUCCUGUGCCCUAUGCAGGCGUUUGAGGAUGCAGUGCUGUUUCUGUAGGAAAUUUGCCCCAGUGCUCUUGGCUAAAACACUCAUUUAUAUUGCUUAACAAGCCGAAAAGCGUCUGGCUCCUUUCUUUGCCCAAAAGCGGGCCGUGUUCCAAGGAUGCUGUGUGUCACCUUUGGCAAAGUAUCAGAUCAAGACAUGGGAAAAAAUACACGUAUUCCUUUAGGAGCUAUAAGGCCUAACUGGCCUAUGCAUUUGAAAUUGUACCGGGUGGCAAUUUCAGAAUAAGACACGAUUUUAUAUUUAAAUCGUAACAAAUUACUCCUGACAGUGGCCAGCCAGCAGCCUGCUAAAUGGGCAUCGAAAAGUGCUCCCCUCCACGUUGUUUCGCUGGAGGAAGUGUGGGGUAGAAAUGGGAGGGAGAGAAGCUGUCUGUAUGUGAGGGAGCAGCUGGGGCAGCGUGUCUGGUGUUAACCAGCCUCUGCCCAAACUGGAUGCUCCUGUGGGAAAGCAGCCGUCUGCAUGUCUCCUGCGGAGAUGCCAGCUGUGGAGACAGACUGCUCCUCCCUGAUUUCAAGUGGGUUUCUCUGCCCUGACAGGUGUAUGCAGGGCCUCUGUUGCCAUUUGGUCGGGGAGAGCGUGCUCGCUGCCUCUGCUUGUGUGCACUUCACGGACAGGUGUGGAAAGGCUGUCGCUGAGGAGAGCAGUCAGCGUGCCUUAAUGUGAGGAGCUGGUUGCCACCUUAAAGCCCAUCACCUCGGACUGACUAGUCUGGUUCUUUCUCUUUCGUGCCUCUGAGGCCUCCCCAGGGAAGCAGAGCUCCUGCUGACUCAGUAAUGCAACAAAAAGGCUCUGUAAUUGCUGUAGUGAUGGAGGGAGUAGUGCUCCGUUCAGUGGGUGUCUCUGCGCCUACCCCUUUUCUUCUGCAUGUUAGCAGAUGUGUCUAUAAAAAAAUCUUGACUAUCCUGUAGUAGGUUUCAACAGAUACUGAUGUGACAGCUUCUUUCAUCUCAGUGUGUUUAUAAACAUGGUUUUCAGUAGGUACUGUCAAGACUAAUCCAGUUGCUGUGGGUUAGACUGUUGUGACUGCCUUUGGGUGUUGAUGGAAUAGAAGAUGAUGUUGUAUAUCUUAAAUAUUGGGUGAAGAUGUAGAAGCGUUUCUACCCAAGUUUUUUCUUAAUGAGCCUGUUAACAGAAGGCAUUUUAAUGAGCCUGUGAAUCCCUUUAGGUUCCCAUUGACCUAGCUUAAGCUAGGUCAAUGGCUGCUUCAUCAAUGUUUUAACUAUCUGUAGGGUUGUGGGUUUUGUUUGUUUAUUUGUUUAUAUGUAAACUGUUCAGUCAAGUAAAGGGGCAUUUGGACUCGGUUCAUCUUGUGCUACAGAAUGGGUUGUAAUCAGUGUAGCAUGUCUUGCUGGUUGGGCCCCAGUGAGAGAUCUAUAAAUCCUGAUACAACUGAUCCUAAGCAGGCUAUCUCAUGUGGAAUCUAAGAGCAUGUGUUAACACCCUGAAGUAUUUGUGUAAAGUGCUUUAGUAUUUGCUGACUCUGCUGUUUCUCAGAGUGUCUGGGGGCAAGGUGCUGGGCAUCUCUGUGGAGAGCAGAAGCAAACUGUGGUCUCACAAGUCUGUGUUGGUCAUGUCUAGGGGUGUGUCUGUACCCCCUUUCCUGAGGAAUGCCUGUCCCUAUGCCACAUGAUAAUAGAUAGGGGUGUUUUUCUCAUCUCUCUUACCUGGUAUUGAUCCAUAGCUCUAGUUCUUCACUGGAGGUUUGACACUCAACCAGCUGAAGGCAAUUCUUGCCUCUCCUGAUAUAUCAUUUGGGGCUGACCACCUGUCUCUGCAUGGAUCCAGCUGUAAGGUGUGGAUAGGUGGGAGCUCCUCUCCUUCCAUCCCACAGAGCCAUUGGUAGCAGAAAUGAGGUGUUUCCUGAAAGUGGGGUUGGUGGUGGGGGGACAUCUAUGCUUGCUGAGUUUGGGACUGGACUGACUGCCUUCUGGUUGGGAAAUGCUCACAGGUUUCUUGGUGUUUUCUUUGUGUUUAAGGGGUGAAGCAGGGAGGGGAAAAAUGGGAAGAAACAACACCAGAAAGAGUAAGAGGAAGAAUUAUUAAAAUAAUUGUUUCUACUGUGAUAGGCUUAUUCAGACUUCUGUCCCAAGUGACCUUGAGGGUCCUGGGUACCGGACUUUGAGCAUAUCAGGGUCUGCCUGGAAAUGACAAUGGAAUGGCCUGAAGCUCUGCAGGGAACGUUUUACACUGUACUUUUAUUCUGAGGUCCUUUCUUUCACAAACUUCUGUGUCUGAAUGCCAAAUGCCUGUUGAAUGAGAGUUGAUGAAAUUGGCAUGUGUAGAAACUGAUGCAGUCCUAUCUGGAGCUGCCAAAAUUCAGUAUCAGAUACUUCAUUCAUUAUGAACAGCUUUUUGAUGCAGGGAACCCAACUGGUUUUAGAAGAAGUCACAUUUGGUUAUGACUCUGCCUGGUACUGUAGUAUUCACCUCACCACAGCACUUUCUGCACAUUUGCAGGCUGACUACUUGAAGGUGGCAGAUCUGGGUCUUCUCAUCCUGUGCCUCUCGCAAAAUAAAAGGAAGGGGAAAGAUAUCACUUGGAGUGUCUCUGAUAAGGUCAGAGAAGUGCUAGCAGUCCUGAUACAAGGAAGUGUCUUCAGCUGAAACCAAACUGGUUGCUCAUUUGCCAGUCUUAGAGGAGCAGAAACUAAUGUAAAGCAGGCGACCAUGCAGAAUGCGGUUCAGGUGUGGUUUGGAGAUGAGCUUCCCUUGAGCCCCCGAAGUCCUCUGACUCCGAGACACGGGCCGGGUUUGGCAGAUGUGUGUCUGUAUGACCAAUGGAUAUCUGUGCGGCAUGAAGCCACUUUGGUGCCUAUGCAAGAGGAUCUCUCAAUCUGGCUGUCUGGCUUGCUGGGAAUGGAAGUCAAAGCAGAACAACUGCUAGAAGAACUUGAUAAUGGGGUACUGCUUUGCCAACUGGUUGAUGUUCUUCAAAACACAGUUAAAAAAUGUUGUAGCACAAAUAACUUAAGGAAUUUUCCUAUGGGAAAAGUUCCAUGUAAGAAGGAUGCUCCAUCGGGAUCUUUUUUUGCCAGAGAUAAUACAGCCAACUUUCUUAACUGGUGUAGAGCCAUUGGAGUUGAUGAGACAUACCUCUUUGAAUCUGAAGGCUUAGUGUUGCACAAGGAUCCAAGACAAGUGUAUCUUUGUCUGCUGGAAAUUGGGCGCAUUGUAUCCGGGUAUGGAGUUGAACCUCCUGUACUUGUAAAACUAGAGAAGGAAAUUGAGCUAGAAGAAACCCUGCUGAUGACCUCUGGGCCACCAUCACCUCCUAGCACACCAAAGUCAUGUUGUCACCAUGGGGAGCUACACGAGGCAGUAAAACAUAUAGCAGAAGAUCCUCCCUGCAGUUGUUCCCAUCGAUUUUCAAUUGAAUACUUAUCAGAGGGACGUUAUAGGCUGGGAGAUAAAAUACUCUUCAUACGAAUGCUGCAUGGCAAGCAUGUGAUGGUACGUGUUGGUGGAGGCUGGGACACUCUUCAAGGUUUUCUGCUCAAAUAUGAUCCGUGCCGAGUGCUUCAGUUUGCAACUCUGGAACAAAAAAUCCUGGCAUUUCAGAAAGGGGUCACCAGUGACAGCGUCCCCAGCUUGUCAGCUAGAAAUCAGGAGCCUCCUCUUAUGAAUCCAAUGUCAGCUGUCAAUAUGUUUCAAAAGCAGCCAUCAAAAUCUCCUGCUCCUGUUUUAGGUCUUGGGGCCAGUGCCAAGAAGGCUUUAUCUAAAUGUCCUCAGUCCCCUGCCCUGGCAUCACCAAGAGUGCCUGUUACCCCAUCUUCCACUGCCAAGUCAUCAACAGUCAGGUCUAAAUUACAAGGGUCCUCAGCAACAGGUGUGCAGUCUUCUUUCAAACCAUUAGCUGGCACCUCGAAGAAACUGCAGUCUCCUGCAUGCAACUCACCAGCUUCUGCUCCUUCACAGCCUGGAAGCAAAAGUUCUUCACGUGCAGGAUCAAGAACAGCUCUUGUUCCCUCUGAAACGCUGCGCAAACGUAUUCGGUCCCCUGAUACUGCCAAGGUGAAAUUUGCCCUGCCUCGGGGCUCCCCAGCACCAGCAGGCCAUCCUGUCCUCUCACCCUCUAAAAAACAACCAUCUCUCUUGUCUGGGACAGCUGGAACAACGACUUCAAAACAGAAGUGUGUCCCUGCUAAAUGCAAACCUGUACCUGCCACUAAAACCAAAGCAAAUUCGGUCGCUCCCAGGGCUGCUCGGCUGCCGGUUACAAAUCUGCGCACUGUUGCCAAGUUUGCACAUUCUCAGCAACUCCUUGCAAAACCUCUUGAAAAUGAUAUUCAGAUCUCAGGUGCUGGGUCUCAGCAUCCUCAGAAAGCCCCACAAACAAGUUCUCAUCUUGCAAGGAACUUGAAAACUGCUUCCGAGCUAAAACUUUCUGCUUCUGCACCCUCCCUUGCAGUAAACAAAGCAUCAAAGUCACCACCUCCAUUGUUACCUACAAGCAAAAAUGCAUCAUCAGCUGGCAGCAAGCAGCCAAAUGCCAGUAAUCCCCCUCAGGCUGGACCCUCUUUAUCCAAACCUGCUGAACGCACACCUUUGUCUGUUGUACGGCUUCCUCAAACUUCAGCCAAAGCAGCAGUGACCAAAAAGCCAGCACAGCCUUCCACAAAAGGUCAGCACUCAACCAAAAACUUGCAAACAAACAAAAGCUUGGCCCCAGCAGCCAAGAAGCCACUCCCAAAGGAGCAGGCAUAUAACAAAGGAACACCUGGUGUGCCAAAAGUUCCUCUUCCGAAGAGUAGGCAAGAUGAUCACUAUUUUGUCAUGACGGGGACUAAAAAGCCCAGAAAGUAAACUAAUUUGUUGCUUUCUGUGGAAGUCUGUGUUGUUCAAAAGGGCCUCUUGUAACUACUACUCUGAGGACAAGGAAAAAAGUUAAAUAACACUACAUUUGAUAUGAAAUAUUAAGUAUAACCUGCCUUUUGCUGCCUAACUUACUGUAAGAACUGUGUUUAUUUUGCGGUUUAGAAACGUCUAUUUGGAGCUGUUUAGAAGUGAGCUUGCUUGCUGUGUAGCACUGUGGAAUGGCAAAUAUCCAUGAUCUGCUGCAGAAAAGUGUGGGAGAAGAAAGGGGAAUUAAGGCUGAUGCUUUUGCAGCAGAACUCCGGUGGUUCUGGCACAUCUGCAUUGAGGUGUGUGGCAAGCAACAGAGCUGUGCACAAGCUGUAAAAUUUCUAAUACCUCAAACAAAACUGUGGGUUUUGUUCACUGGUAUCCCAGAACCCAAAUCUGGGAUCAUGUAUUUUGGAAAAAAGAAAUUUCUAGUCCUAUUUAGAUUUGACAGAUGCUGUUAUCAGUGUUCACUGUGCCUCCCCCCCAGUAUGCCUUAAUUCUGCUCACUUGGAAGUGGAGCUUGGUUUCUUUUAAGUUGGACACCAAUAAUCAUGGCCUUGAUUGCUCACUUUCAUUGUGCCUUUGCCUCUAAAAUUCAGAACAGAACUCUUCAGUGAGCAAUGCUACCUUUAAAAACCAGGGCAGAUAACCUUGCUUGGUCCAUGUUCAAAUCUGACUAGUUCUCCUAGCAAGCUCUUGCUGCAUGGAGAGAUGCUCCUGAGUUCCAGAGAAGACACUUUCCCCUGGUCUGGAGCCCCAUACCAGAUCCUGCUCCUGGGUUGGAGCACCAAAACAGCUCCUGCUGCAGCAACACUGAGCUGCAAGCAGUGACCUGCUGUAGCAGAGCCUUACUGCUCUGAAGGAGUGGUCUUUGCACGUAAGACUGUAUUGCUAAAUACUUUUCUCAGUGCUGCAGGUUAAUUUUUGUUGGCACUCUAGUCUGCACUGGCCUUUCUGGUUUUAUUUAUGGAGACCUGGCUGUCCUCUAUCACUUUCUGGAGGUGAGAAGUAGUUUCCCAAAGAGGAAUACAGUCUGCAUUUGCCCUUAAACAUCUUAAAGUGCCAGGAAGCUAUGCACUGUUUACAACCAGUUCCUGAAGUCUUUCCAUGGGUUAAGCAUUUGUGAUGCUGUACACCUUUACCCUUGAGAAGUGAGCUUCAUGGUUGAGUGAAAACCACUGUCUUUGGGAGUAGUGCUGUUUGGGUUAUUUUGGGGUUAAUGAACAGUUGUCCCUAAAGACACUGAGGAGCUCUGAAGGUCUUUGAAGACACACUGAUGGUUUCCAUGGACCAUCACUUCUGCCCUCCAUUCCCAGUCUAUUUAUGGGCAGGAGUGAGUGUCACUGCCAUAGAGGCUUCUAGAUGGUGGAACACAGAAGUCUUUUUAAAAGGAGAAGAGUUCCAUGGAAUAUGUAGUUUCUGUUGUUGAGGGGUUUUAUUUUGUUGGGUUUUUUUUCCCCCUUGGAACUAGAGUAAGCAAAUGUCAUAAACUGAGUUCUCUUGCGAUGUGGCAGAGUCAUAGAGCAGCUUUUCUGAGCACCUUGUUAGCUUAUUUUAUUUAAUUUAUGAUUCUAUUUAUGCAUAUCUACUGUACAAUACUGCUUACAACCUGCUGGGAGUAAGCAGCAGAUGCCAGUAUCCAAACUGUAGGAAGAAAACAGAUCUGCUUUUAAAACGUGGACACAAGUCCCACAGGAUCCCGUACAAAGUUGUGUUUGGGAAAGGCCUUGGGCUUGCUUGUUUUAUAUGUACACUGGUCAAAGCCACUGCUACAAUGUUAGACAGAGCAUGGACUGUAGUGGGUUGCUGUCAGGUUUGAUAAAUCUGGCACGUUAUUUCAUAUGCUGAAAGCAUUUUACAGUAGAUGACUUCUGAUUUUUGGGCUUCUAAAUGGUGAGUUAUGUGAUAUAUCUCAUGCAGAUUAAUAGCUGACUUCUUGGGGUUUUCUUUCUGUAAUGGGUCUGGAAGAGAUGGAGUUAACUUUCUUCAUAGCAUCCCAUAUGGGGCUGUGUCUUAGAUUUAAAAUUGAAACCAAUGUUGAUAACACACUGAUGUUUGAGCUGUUGCUGAGCAAACCUUUCCAGGGUCAAAUCUUUCUUUUUCCUGCUCUGCCCCUACAGUGAGUGGGCAAGAAGUUAGAAGUACAUGGCUGGGAACUGGCCAACCUGAGCUGGCCAAAGGGCUAUUACAUAUCAUAAAGCAUCACCUCAACAAUAAAAAGAAGGAAGAGGUAAAGAAAGAAAGGCAUGCAGGUUUUGUGGCUUCUAAGGUGGCUGUUUGCCAGCUGGCUGGGCAUCAGUCUGUCUGUGGGAGUAGUGAAGGAUUGCCUUUGCAUCAUUUGGUGGUUUACUUUUCAUAUCUUCAUUCAUUAAACUCUUUAUCUCAGCCAGUGAGUUUUGCUUUUGCUGCUCCCCUCUCCUUAUCUUGCUGGGGGUGGAGGAGAGAUAAGGGGAGUGAGCAGCUACUUAGGCACUUGGCUGCUGAGUGGGGUCAACCCACAGCACCUUUUAAACCAUUUACAAGGGUUUUAGCAUCAAUUUUAACACUGAGGCUCUAGGAUCUCAGUGUAAGGCAACUUCAACACCUGCCUUUCUGAACUACAGAGAAAAUGGAGCACGUGGCUUCAUCUUUAUGGUAUAUGAUGUCAUGUAAUAGACUGAGUUUUAGAUUUCAAAAUGAAAUAAAAAUGCAUGAACUGUUACAAUUGAAACCUUUAUUAGCUAAUCUGAAGUUACACAUGGGUAGACUUGGUUUGGUUUUAUUAUAAAAAUAGUGUAUUUGAGCGUGAUCCCACUCUGAAAAUUGUAGUUGCCAGCUGCAUAGUCAUGUAACAUGAGGGGAGCCAAGAUAAGGUGUAACAAAGUACCUCCUAAUGGAAAUGCAUACUAUUUUUGCAAUGUUUGUUGCCAAAUAGCAAGUCUAAUCUUCAGUUUAUAUGACCUUUUAUGAGGGAAAGGUAAUUUGGAGCAAGGAUCUGACUGAAUUCUCCAUGUGAUAUCAAUGUCCUCUGUAUGAGUACUUAUUUAAAAUAAACAUACACUGCACCUUUUUAUAUGCA